AUGACCUCAUCUCUUCAUACCGCUCUCCUCACUCAUACCGUUCCGAAGGGCUUUAAGAGUGCUUCAAAACAUGCGCACUGGAUGGAUGCCAUGCAAGCCGAGCUCACUGCCCUUCAACGGAACCAUACGUGGAAUCUUGUGCCACGUCCCUCUUCUACCACUGUCGUUGGCUCUAAAUGGGUAUUCCGAAUAAAAUAUCACUCCGAUGGUUACCUUGAUCGCCAUAAAGCACAACUCGUUGCUCAAGGCUUCACUCAAAUACCGGGUCUCGAUUUUAAUCACACCUUUAGCCCGGUAGUUAAAGCCUCAACCAUUCGCAUAGUCCUCUCCUUGGCUGUCACCAACGGAUGGACUCUUCGUUAA